UCAGUCCUUAAUCACUCACCACAAGAUUUGUUCAAGCAAGGAAUCUAGUGACACCAGGCCAGCUUCAUCUCAGCUGACUUCACCAGCUCAAUCCUGAAUCUGAAUGUCUCUGAAUGUCUCUGAGCUCCUUUUUCAAGGGAAUUUUGUCCUCUGUCACCUCCCCUAAGUUCUUCCAUCUACCAAUCACAGUAGACGUUUUUCAAAGGACAGACCAUUCUUAGUUCACACCUAAGAAGGCUUAAAUUUUUUACUAAGUUCACACCCGAAAACUUCUGAGUAAGUUUCUCACCUCUUUGCUCCUUGUAAGUUCACAAGUUGCCCGACCCUUAUAGGUACUUAGCCCCCUUUUGUAUUAGAUCCAAAAACAGGCACAGCUUGAGAACUUUUUGUCUUAGUCUAAGUAUGGGUUUAAGUGCUUUUCAUUGUUCAGCAAAGAGUUUACAACUUUAUCUCCCCCUAAGGCCUGCUUAAGGAUGGUGAAGUAGAGUUCUCACAUUCCUGAUCAAGUACCUUCACUGCCCAAAUGGGGAAUGGUCUUAACCCAACCUCAUGAAGUAGGGCCUGAGAAUGUUUAAGGUUCACACCCCUCUAGGGUAAGCCGAGGGUUCCAGGGCUCCAGAUCCACUCUAACCCUCUCACUGUCCAGGACCACUCAGGGAGAGUCAGGCCCAGAGCAUGGAGAUCAUGCUGGGCCAAAGGCACCUCAGGGAGAGCAACAGCCUGUGGCCCGGCUCUCCAGAGUCCCUUUAUAGGGGGCCCUGGUGGCUCCUGGAGGUUCCUCUGAAAAGUUGAAGGGGGCCUGGGGAGACUGCAACAGCCUCAAGCUACAGCCCUGCUCAAAGACUUCAGAGCUUUCCCCAGAGCCCCUGCCUAGAAUGGGGGCUGCCUGUCCUUCCCUCUCCAGAGCUAGCUGAGCAGCGGGCCUUGGGCUUUGGUUCUGAGUUUUGCAGAAAAGGCCCCGGGGUGCCUCCUGAUCGGGUGCCCCCCCAAACCCUCCCCACCCGCUUUGUGGCCAGGGGCUGGAGAGGGCCUUCCUCCGGGGUGCUGCCCCCUUCUUCCUUGUCCUGCCUUGCAUGGGACCCAGGGAAUGCUGCCAGCUGGCCCCCCCUGACCCUCCUGACCCAUGCAUGAGGUCACAAUGGGGGCCUCCUGGCUGUGUUACGCCUGGGAGGCUGCCCCUUCUUAGCUCAGCUGUCCCAGAGAGCCAUAGCCAGUCUGCCCUCCCCGCAGAGAGUAUCCUGGCCCUCCUCCAGCAGCCCCCUCCACCCCCACCCCAGAGCCCUGAUCUUCAGGCGCACCGAGACUCCCUGAGCCCAAUGAAACCCCGGAAACCCUCACCAGGUGGGGCCCCGGCCUGGGGGGCUGCAGGGAUGCAGGGGAGCCCGCAGGGGCUGGCCAGCCCCCAGCUCCGGCCUGCUUCCUCCCUGCUCGCAGUUGUUCUGCCCGGAGAGCUCCACCUGCCGGAAGAGGAAGUGGAAGCGGAACUGUCCUUCCCGCUGUGCUUCCCCAAGCCUGGCCCGCUGCAGAGAGCCGUGGCGGAGGGCAACUACCCGCCCCUCGGGCCGUUCACGGCCAUGUUUGAGAGCGACUUUGUCCAGGUCACCAACAAGGGGGAGCCUGUCUUCCUGCACAAGAAGGAGAACCCGGUGACCAUGGCGGUGGCCUCCUCCUUCCCGGGGCUCCUGCUCCCGGACCUCGUCCUGCUGGCCCGGCCCGUCCAAAGCAAGAAGCAGCCUCCGCGGCUGGAGCUCACCAGGCUGCUGCCGGCACACCUGGUCCGCCUGUUUGUCCACAGCGAGGCCGGAUGGAGGCUGAAGCUCCACCUGGCCUCCGGCCGCAGUUUCUACCUGAGGCUGGUGGCCGAGCCGGCCGAGGGCUGCCUCCUGUUCAACCUCUGGCGCUUCCUGAUCUUCCUGAUGCAGGGGCCCAUCCCGGCCUGGGCCCGGAGCCCCGAGGAGCAGGCCGCCCAGGACGAGAGCGCCCCGAUGUCCGCAGCGGAGGCCCCCCCCAAACGGAAGGAGGUGGCCUUCCCGCCCCAGUACCCCGUCCCGAGGACCAAGGAGAGCCCGGGCUGGACCGGGGACAAAGGACUGCACAACCCCGGGAAGCUCUCCCAACUGAUGGACCAGCAGACCACCCCGGCCCUCCCGGAAGUGAUGUUGAGAGCGGAAGCCGCCCCCAUGCCCUUCGGGUCCCAGCAGAAGCUCCCAGUCCUGAAAGAAGAGGAGCGGAAAUCAGAGCCCAGACUUUUCUGGAGGAGCACCCCGGGGAGCCUAGUGGAAGUGGAAGGGCAGCCGAGCAUCACUGUCUGGACCCUCUUCAGACGUAUUUCCAGCACUCUAAGCCGGUCCAAGGCUGCCUCACCAGUGGAGACUUCCUCUUCAGGGCCCUCCAGGUCCCCGUCGUGCUCUGCUCUUGUCCAGACCUUGUCCUCCUGGCUGGGCUCCCGUGAGGUUUCCAAGAGCUCGGCUUCCUCAGGGACACUGCAGAGCUCCGAUUUCUCCAUGCUCAGUGACCUAUUCGAGCCCCAAGAGAGCCCCCAAGAGCAGCCACAGCCCCAAGAGCACCGCCAAGAGCAGCCACAGCCCCAAGAGGGCCCCCAAGAGCGGCCACCCUCCCAAGAGCACCCCCGGGAGCUGGGCAAUGCCAACAGGCUUCAGCUUCCCCAAGAGCAGCCGCAGCCCCAAGAGCUCCCCCAAGAGCAGCCACAGCCCCAAGAGGGCUCCCAAAAGAGGCCACCCUCCCAAGAGGACCCCCAAGACCAGGGCAAUACCAACAAGCUGCAGCUUCCCCAAGAGCAGCCACAGCCCCAAAAGUUCCCCACAGAGCAGCCCAAGGACAAACCCAGGGACAGGCCGGAGCCCACCCAAGCCUCAGAGCCCUCCGCCAGUGUCAAGACUCUGAGGAAAGCCAUCAAGAAGCCACAGAGCUGGCUCACCAGAGCAUGGCGAGAAUGCCUGAAGGUGGUCUGCACCUGCACCAACUAAUCCCCUGCCCUGUGAUAACUGACAAUUAAAAUGUUUGGGAGCAAGGGAAAUAUAUAUAUCAAUUAUGACCGCUGAAA